UUCAUUUCUCCAUUGUGACUCCUGACUUCGGACGCCCCCCAAAAUCUGCAAUUACUCGCCAGAGACUGUGGAUUUCUCGGCGAAAAGGACACCAGCUUCAAGUUUUCGCACGGUGGAGUCCUUCUCUCUCCAACUCGAAAAUGGGAAACUCGUCGAAGGACGAGUCCACGACGGACGGCGACACCUCCGGCGGCAAUACUCCGCCUUCCAAUUCUAGCAUGUACUCCGAGGGCGAGAAAGUACUUGCCUAUCAUGGUCCUCGUAUCUACGAAGCAAAGACAGACGCAGCUCCUUUUUGGUGUGUUUAUGCUUCAUCCACUUCCAUUGCAGUAACUCUAAUACCUUUCCAAUUUCUAAGGUACAAAAAGCUGAGAUUCGAAAGAAUGAAUGGAAAUAUUUUGUUCACUACCUUUUGGGACGAAUGGGUGGGUGAGGACCGUUUAAUGAAACAUACUGAAGAGAAUGUCCUGAAACAGCAGGCUCUUGACAAAAAACAAGGUGUAGACAAGAAUGUCAAGUCAGGGCGUUCAACUCAAGCAAAGGCCAAAAAUUCUACAGAUGCAAAAGUGGAUAAAGAGGACAUCAAGACUAAUGUGUCUAAAGGGAAGAAGCGGAAGAAUGAUUCAGGAGUUGAGAAGGGCAGUGUCUCUGUUGAAAAGCUAGUCAAGAUUCAAAUUCCAGCAACCUUAAAAAAACAACUUGUUGACGAUUGGGACUUUGUUUCUCAGCAGGACAAGAUUAUAACUCUGUCUAAAGGCGUAAAAGAUUCCUGUCUUUUGCUGAUCUUUGUCCUACAGCUUGUGAAACUUCCUCGUUCACCAACUGUUGAUGAAAUUUUGACAAAGUAUCUUGAAUACAGGUCGAAGAAGGAUGGCAUGGUGGCUGAUUCAAUUGGGGAAAUUCUGAAGGGAAUUCGGUGUUAUUUUGAUAAAGCGUUGCCUAUGAUGCUAUUGUACAAGAAAGAACAGAAGCAAUACCAUGAAGCAGUUGUUGAUAAUGUUUCGCCAUCAACCAUAUAUGGAGCUGAACAUUUAUUGCGUCUCUUUGUUAAGUUGCCUGAGCUUUUGGCUUAUGUGAAUAUCGAGGAGGAAACACUGAAUCACCUGCAGCAGAAGUUACUCGACUUCCUCAAAUUUUUGCAGAAAAAUCAAAGUACUUUCUUUCUUUCAGCAUAUGAUGGCACAAAGGCUUCUGAAGGAAAAGGAAAGGGGAAAGAUGAAUGAAAGUGACAGCGGACGGACUGCGAUAUAGGGGCGCCUCUUUCUCUCUCACAUUGCAGGAAUCAAGUUUGAUUUCCUCUCGUGAAUUUGAGUUCCAGCAAGGCAUUUUUGUCUUCUGUUAGGAAAAUUGCUUGAGAAGACACAUGGCACUCGAAACGGGUGUAAAUCAACAAAUGUCAUCAAGCUGGCGUGUGUCAAGACAACCCCCAACCAAAAAAAAAAAAAAACAAAAACAAAAAACAAAACAGAUUUCUGUCUUUUUGAGGAUUGAGGGGUCUGGCCCAAAAGGAGCGGGUACUUUUAAUUGAUGAGUUUCUUGGCAAGAUCAUUAUCUAGAGCCCAAGAAUUCGAAUUUCUAACAUCAACCAUGGCAUUUGUUAUUUCAUUAUUACGUCUUAAUGGAUAUAUCUUAUCGUUAGA